CGAACGAAAUGUCUGUAAUAAUUUACAAAGUUUGUAAACAAGUUUUUAAUAAAAGUUUUAUUUGUUUUCUAAGUGUUUUGAAUGCUUUUUUAUAGCAUUAAUUUUUUUUUACUUUUAAUGUACUAGUGUAAGUGUAUAUAAUUCAUUGCAGGUAUCUAAAUAUAAGAAAAAUGCGAUUAAGACAGUUAAGAGGUUUGGCUCCAUCAGCAUGGAUUUCAAAUUCAGACAGCAUUGUCUCGGCCGAGGGAUCUGCAAUGACCAGUAACGAGGAGAUAAGUUGUCAAUUGCCACAACCUGUUGUAUUCAAUAUCCCUAAAGUUCGACAAGUACAGACUAAUUCAAAAAAAAUAAAUCCGGAUGUUGCUCAAACUGAACAAAAUAACAAUAAAAAGAUAAUAAUAUUAUCAGAUAUUACUUUAUGUCCAGCACAAUGCACUCGAAGAAAAAGCGAACCGCAACGCACACCAGAAAUAAAUGAAGGAGAUAAUUAUACAAAUAAAAAAUUGAUAUUUACUAACCAUGUUUCAAGUACUCCUAUCAACAGUGGCAUGAAAAUACCAUUUAACAUUUCCCUUGAUUCUCCAAUAGUAAAGUCUGACUCUAGCACCGAGACAAAACUGCCACAGAAAAUAAAUAAAUUGAAAACAAAAAAAGGUAAAAGUAAUAAAAUUACCCUUUCAAAACAGUUAUUUUUGCAAAAAAUACAUUCUGAAGAGAAAAAUGUGAAUAAUGAAUCUAAAAUAUUACCAGUAAAACAUAUUGAAAUUCCUGCUUUAACACAUCAACAAGUAGCUGAGAAAUCUACUUCAAAAAUUUCACGAAAUUCAGAGCACAGACUAGAAGAUAAAGUAGAAUCUGAACAAAUUAAUGGUCAUAAUGUUAAUGAUACAUCCCUUUGGGAUAGUCAUAGAAUGACAAUCAGCAAAAUACAUCAAACAAGGGCAAGCAUCAUGCCGCCUUUGAUAACAAUAAAUGUUGGCAAUAAACAAAAGGAUGGUUUGAAAAAUUUACAUAAUAAAUUUAAAUCAAAUUUGGUUGAAAAUAAUGAUAUAAAUGAUAAUGGUAAUGGUCCUUGUAUAGACACGGCAACUCCAACUGAAAAAAUCUGCACAGUAUCUAUAGCUCGAUUUAAUAAUAAUCAUUUGGCAAAUACCUCAAAUGAUGUUAUUUUAUCAAAGGAUAAAGAAGAACCACUGCUUCCUCCAAAUUUAUCAGUUCAUUCUGAGAAUGUCAACCAAAAUCUUCAUGGAGAAUCUAAAACUAAAGUAAGCGGAAAAAUAAAUCAAUCAAAUGUUAGUAACAUAUUAAAACAUGUUGAUGAUAAUCAAAAUCAAAGAGAUGAGUUAUCUACUCAGAAUCCGAUUUUAAAAAAUACAUCAAAUUCUAGCAAUAUUGCUUUAGAUAAAAGUCAAAAGAGUUUUAUACAGUUACAAAAUAGUCAGGAACGUCUUAAAAUGAUCAUUGAUCAAUGUGGUAGAAAUAAAAAUGGUGUAUUAAGUCCAGAAGAGAAUGAAGAAUUAUUUAGUAAGCCAAAGACAAGCCAGGUGAAAAAGACAAGAAAAACAUCAUCAAAUUCAAAGAAUAUUGAUAAAGAUGAAGUUAUACGUCAUAAUUCAGUACUGAUUGCAGAACAUAGUAGAAAAACAAGAAAACAUCAAAAGAACGUCUCAGAUUCCUAUAUAAAUUCUUCUAAUAUGACAUUAAAUCAAACAAGUGCAACAAGGCGGAAAUUAUAUAACCCUGAUGUGCAGAUAAUUGUUGAUAAUUGUAAUCAUACAACAACUGAGCAAAAUGAAGACCAAUUGAGCAAUCAUUCACAAUUGAACAAAAGCAAUGUCAAACACAUCGGUGUAUCAAAAAUUAUGGCAGAUGAUGUUAAUAAUUUUCAUCCAGCAACCUCUGGUCAAAAUAAGAAUUGUAAUAAUGAAAAAAGUGUCCAAAUAAACAAAACGAAGCAUAAUAACAAAGAUAUUAGCACAUCCAAAAUCAUGGAACCUUGCAAUACUAAUAAUCUUACUUCUUUAACUUCUGAGCAAAAUGAGAAUUGUGAAUAUUUGCAAUUGAAUAAUCAUAAGGGAAAGGAUAUUGGCACAUCAAAUAUUUUGGUGCAUUGUGAUGUUGACAAUGUUAAUCUUGCUUCUUCUGAUCAAAAUGAUAAUUGCAAUUAUUUACAAUUGAAUAAAACUAAGCAUAAGGAAAAAGAUAUUGGAACAUCAAAAAUUGACAUAUAUACUAUGCCAAGCACCUCUGCUAAUGUAAUUGAAAAUAGACUUUCUAAUCCUAAUGAUUCUUUCAAAAAUAAAAAGUCUAAAUCACGUUGGAAAAAAAAUGUUUUGAAUAAUAAAACUAAUAUUGUACCAGAAUUGCAAUCAGACUCCGUUUCAACACAACGCAGAUCGGCUCGUACUAAAGUUAAAACUGUGCCAUAUUGGCUGUCUGAUUGUCGAAUUCAAUAUAAAUAUGUUGAGAACGGUUUAAGAGAAAUUGAAACAAUUCCUGAAGAAAAUAUAAAAAAAUAUUCCCUUAUGAGAGAACCUAAUAAGACGAAACAAAAAUCAAGUAAAACUGAAACCAAUAAAAAAUCUACAGUAUCUAGAAAAGGUAAUUCUAAAAAAUCCAAACAAAAAGCUACAAGUCAAAGUGACAAAACAAAUAAUACAAAUGCUGUAGCAGAAAAGUCUCAAGAACCACAUUCAAAUAAACAAAAUCAAUUAAAUAAUAAAAAAAGGGCGAAUAUAAAUAGAAUUAUAAAUAGAUUAUCGAAUUACUCUUCUGAAAUACAUGUAGAAAAUAAUACAAAAAUCACAGCUGAACAAAGUUCAGCAAAUAAGGAUCUUAGCCAAAAGACACAGGAGAGCCGAUACAAUUCGAAAUCUAAUGAUAAAAUUGCCACUGAAGUGAAUGCUUCGCUGAAUGAAAAUGCUCCAGGCAACUUAGAAGAAGUAGACUUAGAAGUUAUCAGUGAAGUACCCAGGAAUCCCACAGAUGCUACAGCCAGUAAUACAGAAAAUCUAAGAAAAAGUCUUGAUGAAUUUGAAAAAUCAGACUCUGAUGAAAAAAUGAAAAGUUCAAAACGCAAUGAUGCAACAAAAGAAUCUUUUGAAAUACCUGUUGUACCUGAAAUUCAUGUCACAGAAGAUAUGAUUUUGUUUGAAACAGAGGGAACUUCUGUGCCAGAUUAUGUUGACACGGAAAGACAAGAAAAUGUAGUGUCACAAGCAUCAAAUGAUUUAGCACAAGUUGCAUCUCAAAUUGUUGCGGAAUUACCCAGUAAUUUAAAGAAAAUCUCAAAAUCUGCUCGCAUGACCAGAAGCCACAAAAGGAGAAUCAAUGGAAAUGAAGAAAUACAGUGUAAUUCAAGGAGAAAAAAGUUGAAACAAAAUAUAGACAAUAUUGCUACUGAGAUAUGUUUACCUCCAGGCGUUCCAGUCACAGGUAACUUGGAUCCCCCUGGAGCAAAUGAAGGUGAUCCCAUAACGCAUUCGGAUUCAAAAAUUUAUGACGUAUCAGGUUGUUUCUCUAAAGAUCUGGCUGACGAGCCUUUAACAGAACAUAUAUCUAGAGCAAUGUUUGCACUUCCAAAUGGAACGAGGUGCUCACGUAUUUUAAUAGCGCCAAGAGGAGACAAAGCUAUGGGGUCUGCGAACAAACAUGAUUUGCUAUUUUAUGUCGUAAGGGGUCAAGUGAAAGUAACAUUAGAAAAAGAUAUAAAACUUCGUCAAGAUGGAGAUAUCUUUUUCAUUCCAUGUGGUGCAAAUUAUCGCAUUCAAAAUGAAACAGACGAAACCGUAGAGCUUUUUAAUCACGCCACAAGGCCAUAGUGUAGGUAUAUUUUAGUAUUGAAUGAAUCGUGUGAAUUUUAUUGAAAACGAUGUUUUAAUUUAUAUAAUGCUGGAUGUGUAUUGUAUAUACUUAAUUGACAAAAUUAAAGGCCAGCAAUCGUCAUCAAAUGGUACUAA